AUGGCAGACCAUCGGGAGAAGCCGCGAGAGACAUUCCGAUCAGAGGUAAAUGAAUCGAUUGAAGCGCAAAAGGACAAUGUGAAAAUUACGAAAAGUACGGGUAAAACUUCAGCUAGAACGGACACUGAUGCUGAAUCCCGAGCUAUUUCGUCGACAAGUAGCCAUUCAGUGGCUUCAAAAGGCAAAUUUACCGUUGGUCCUUACGGUGAUGCACCUUCAGCGGUUGCAGCGCAAUCACCCGGAUUGCCCAAAAAUGUCAAAAAUGAACCAACUGAAAUUUGGGCUGAUAACCACGAAAAAGCAUCUGGCGAUAACGCGACAGCAGCUGUAGCAGCAGCUAACUCGUCUUCUGAUAACAAGCCAUCAUCUUCAUCAUCGCAAUCAUCUGGCAGUGUCAGUAGUUUAUCACCAAAAGAAACACAGUAA